GGGAAGAGUUUUACUACACUGAGUAAUCUCAAACAACACCAGCGCAUUCACACAGGAGAGAAGCCAUAUCAUUGCUCAGAGUGUGGGACAAGUUUUACUACGCAGAGUAAUCUCAAACAACACCAGCGCAUUCAUAAAGGAGAGAAGCCAUAUCACUGCUCAGAGUGUGGGACAAGUUUUACUACGCAGAGUAAUCUCAAACAAUACCAGCGUAUUCACACAGGAGAGAAGCCAUAUCACUGCUCAGAGUGUGGGACAAGUUUUACUACGCAGAGUAAUCUCAAACAACACCAGCGUAUUCACACAGGAGAGAAGCCAUAUCACUGCUCAGAGUGUGGAAUCAGUUUUUCUCGUCAGACUACACUCCAACAACACCAGCACAUUCACACAGGAGAGAAACAGUAUCACUGCAAAGAGUGUGGGAAGAGUUUUGCUUACAGUAACGCCCUUAAAGUACACCAGCGUGUUCACACAGGAGAGAAACUGUAUCACUGCUCAGAGUGUGGGAAGAGUUUUGCUUACAGUAAUGCUCUUAAAGUACACCAGCGUAUUCACACAGGAGAGAAACCAUAUUACUGCUCAGAGUGUGGAAAGAGUUUUGCUCAACAGGUUAACCUCCAAAAACACCAGCGUAUUCACACAGAAGAGAAGCCGUAUCACUGCAAUAAGUGUGGGAAGAGUUUUGCUUACAGUUAUGCUCUUAAAGUACACCAGCGUAUUCACACUGGAGAGAAACCAUAUCACUGCUCAGAGUGUGGAAAGAGUUUUAUUCAAAGAAGUGACCUUAAAGUACACCAGCGUGUUCACACUGGAGAAAAGCCGUAUCACUGCUCAGAGUGUGGAAAGAAUUUUGCUCAACAGGUUAAUUACCAAAAACACCAGCGUGUUCACACAGGAGAGAAACCAUAUCACUGCUUAGAGUGUGAAAAGAGUUUUGCUUACAGUAAUGCUCUUAAAGUACACCAGUGUGUUCACACAGGAGAGAAACCGUAUUACUGCUCAGAGUGUGGGAAAAUUUUUGCUCAAGAAAAUAAUCUCAAACGGCAUCAGCCGAUUUUCACCCGAGCUGUCGAACUUUCACACCAUAUGCUCACAACAUAA